CUCAGUCACACCCUCCUGAUUGCCUUUGCCUAACAUCAGAUUAACCAGUUAAGUCCUGUUUUACGUUAGAUCUCACAUCUUUUGUUCGGAUCUGACCUCAGCAUCAGGACAUUAGAAGCAUCUACACAAACUGUGAAUUUGGAGUCUAAAAGUAACAGAUUCUCACACAGCCCAGCCCAUGUGACAGAGAGCGAUACGUCUCUAUCUCCUAUACAUUAUCUCAACAACAGAAGCUUUUCUCAUAAGACAGAACAAUAUCACAAUCUGUACAGAAGGGGAUUUACAGCUCGGAAUCCAGGUAGAAAAACAGAGGAUGCUCCAGAAAUUUGUUCCCAUGAAAUGCUCCAAAGGUUCAGACAUGAAUAUGGGUCUCAUCUCCAGCUUUCCCAAAGAAAUAGGCAACAUUCCUCAUCUCAACAGAAGAUUGGGCAGUGCUCUCAGCUUCCUAACAGGGAUCUGAAAGACAAGUCAAUAAAAAGAGACAGGAAAAUUACAAAACAUGGAAAGUUAUCAAUUUUCAUUCAAGAAAAAGAAGUGAAUGUGGAUUUAUCAGACUGUACUGAUAGUGAAGAUUCAUUAUACUCUGAUUGGUUGAUAUCUGCGCACACCGAUCUGUCUCACUACCGGAGUCCCAAAGCACAAAAUCAUAGUUAUAGUUCACUUGAAGACGAACUGGUAGAAAUUGGAGAUACAGACUAUGAUGACUUUGUUAUGUCCUGUAAAAAUCUUAUCACCACUUCGUCACCAAAGCAGACCCGGAAGACGGAUGGCACCCAGAGACUGACUGCAGGAUACCACAGCAGGGUUUACAAGCAGAGUUCUGAUGCCUCUAUACGGGAAUUCAGCCUGAAAUCAUCCCAGGCAUCAAAAAUCCCUGUACGUGCCAAGCCAAAAGGAAACUUCUCAUGCCAGCUUCUGACAGGGUACAAGGGCACCUACCGCUACUCACAUACAGACAGAUAUAACACACAGAUUCCUCAUUUCUGCCAUUCAAGGUUUUCAAAGCCAUCGGUACCUUUAGCCCAAAGCCUAUGGUUCAGUCGGAAGCCCUUGAUUAUGGGGAAGAGCUUGGAUCAUACAGAUCACAAGAUAAUCAAUUCCGUUUUGGAUCAAGCUCUCAGCACUGCCAGGAGUAUGAAAAGAACCACAGAGCACAUGAUCCGGAGACUAGCUGAGGAUCUGCAUAAUGCAUAAUCUUAUCAGAGCGUUUACAGCU